AUGUACUCCAAUUCUACUCCAAAAGAACGCAAAGAGUUCGACGAGUGGUUUGCGGGUUAUUGGAACUACGAAACGGACUAUCCUCCGGGUCACUCCGAAGGUGUUGCUGUCCCCAAGGGGCGGCUUUUUGCACCCUAUCCUACCGGACCCACGUACUACGGGAAUAAUGAGCCGCUAUCUCCUACAUUUCCAAGAUAUCCUCAACAGAAGGAUAUCCAUGUUCCGCCCACGGAUCUGCCACUUCCAGCUCCUGUUACUUCCAGAUCUUCCGUCGUUCAAGCAAUCGACGAUUGUGCUCAACAAGCUUCCUAUCAUGCACCAGUGAUGAAUCCGCAACCUACUCCUGCGUGUAGCGACUACUCUCAACAAGCUUCCUAUCAUAUACCAGUGAUGAAUCCGCAACCUACUUCUGCAUGUAGCGACUACUCCCAACAAGCUUCCUAUCAUACACCAGUGAUGAAUCCGCAACCUACUCCUACGUGUAGCGACUACUCUCAACAGGCUUUCUAUCAUCCACCAGAGGUAUAUGCUCAAUACAGCCCCCCAGAUAAGGAAGCUCCCGCACCACAUCCUGGAUUCAUUCGCAUCGAUAAUCAUUCUCAAGAAGCUCAAUAUGGCGCACAAUGGGCAUAUCAAGAGGAGCUCCGCUGUGUUAACAUGUGUGGGAGAGUGGCAGAAGAGAUGGGAGACAAGCCGACACUAACAACAAGUGCUUUGGUCCGAGACUCUUCUUCCUUGCCAUGGUAG